UCUAAGCAUUGAUAGGCCAUGUAGUUAGACAGCUUUGGACUAUUGGAUCUCCAAGACAUUCAUAUUUUUGAAUUUUUACAAUACUCUUUAUUCGAUUCAGAAGUUAUUCCUUGUGCUGCUGGACACCCAUUUUUGUAACAUUACUGAUGAUGGAUGCCACCUCAGCAACUGAAGUUCUUCAUCCCUACUGGCCACGGAACCUUUUGAUUCCCACCUAUGUGGCCAAUGACCGAUCUAUGUCAGAGAUUCUGGUGUUCCUGUUUUCUGUGUCUGGGGUGUUUCUGCUUGUGACCUGGCUGAUCAGCGGUCAAAAAGGGACAACUGGCAGGCUGGGGACAUGGAGGCGUCUGGCUGUGUGCUGGUUUGCUGUUUGUGGUUUCAUCCAUGGCGUCAUUGAGGGAUGGUUCUCACUGUAUUAUGAUAUUAUUCCAGGAGACCAGAGCUUCUUGUCACAGCUGUGGAAAGAGUACUCCAAAGGGGACAGUCGAUAUGUAAUAGCGGAUAACUUCACUGUCUGCAUGGAGACUGUGACUGCAUGGUUAUGGGGACCUUUCAGCUUUUGGGCUGUGUUUGCCUUCUUAACUAACAAGCCCUACAGAUUUGUGCUGCAACUCAUUAUUUCAUUAGGUCAGCUGUAUGGAGCAGUGCUUUACUUCUACACGGAGCACAGAGAUGGUUAUGCUCACAGUGAAUUGGGACACCCAAUCUACUUCUGGUUCUACUUUGUGUUCAUGAACGUGCUGUGGAUCAUCAUACCGCUGGCGCUCAUUGUGGAUGCAUGGAGACAGAUGUCAGCCGCGCAGACACACAUUGACAACAAAAAGUCUAAGAGGAACUGACAACAGGAAGAACUGACUGGGGGACAAUUACAACAGGAGAUACAACGGAAAAGACAACUGGGGAGGGCAUAUGUGUUGGUGAAUACACUACGUUCAAAGAUGGGACAAAAUAAAUUAUUCAUCUAUGGUUAUUUUUCUGUUUGUUGCAGUAGACAUCUUUUAUCUAUGGAUUGUCAUAUUGUACCUGUAAACUAAGAACUUAAUUCAAAAGUGCAUCUUGCUCCUUGUCCAUACAACAAUAAAGCUUUGCAUUUUGUUUUGGCUUUGUAGGACCUUGGGGAGAGAGCAAAAUCAAUCAGCUGUUCUCAAUACCUUCAUCAUUUUGUUUACAUUUUACACAACUUCAUGAAUGGGCUGGAAACUGCCUCAUGUCUUAUAAAGAGCCUCUUUCACAUGAAACCCAUAAUAAUAAAAAUAAUAAUAAACAAAAA